CCACACGCAUGUAGCAAUGCGCGCCGUCGCGUGGUGGACGUGCGCACUGUUCGCGCUCGCGAGUGCCCGUAUUUACGAACGCUGCGAACUCGCCCAAGACUUAGAUAGAUUAGGCGUGGAACAAGAAUAUCUGUCGACCUGGGUUUGCAUCGCUUUCCAUGAAUCUAGAUUUGACACUGCCGCUAAUAAUCGCUACAGUGGCGACCAUGGGAUACUCCAAAUAAGUGAAUUGUACUGGUGUGGUCCUGGAAAAGCCUGUGAGAUCUCGUGUUCUGACCUCCGCGAUGACAAUAUAACCGACGACUUGCAAUGUGCGCAGAAAAUUUACGAGGAACACACGAGACUCCAGGGCAAUGGUUUCCUCGCUUGGGUCGUUUAUCCGCAACACUGCAAGCACAAUACUAAAAAGUACCUCGCUGAUUGCAACUCUACAUAUCAUAAGGACUUUGCCCCAAAAAUUAUCGAUCAACCUUAUACGUUCAAGUACGACACUAACCAUAGUUUUAGUUAUGAGUUAUACCCGCAAGUAGACGAUCUGAAACCACCUUACUUCAUGCUUUCUACAAUCCUAUUCGGAAGUAACAAAAAUAAACUUGAACAAGCUACAGAACACAAAGAGGAAAAUGUGACAAAUUGGGUAAAUUACAAAAUUGACAAUAUUGAUGAAUUGAAAUUGCCGAUGUUGUAUAAACAUCUGACGUCUCACACUACAACUAUAAAAAGCACAGCCACGAGUACGACGACAACUUCUCGUCCUGCGGUGCCACAAAAGCAAAUAUAUACCAAUCAAUUCCACGUAAGACCAUUAAUGUCCACCAAAACAAUCGAAAUGAGAACAGUAACUCCUCGUUCGCAACACUUCUUUCCUACGAAGGUGCACUCGACUUCCAAUCCUAAUUUUAACCAUCUGCUAUCGUUACCACCAAAAAAUGUCACAACAGUAGCUGCAACAAAUGUCAUAAUCACAACAGUAGCUACUGCUAAGCCGAUACCAACGAGAAGUACACGUUACACUUUAGCACGUGGCAUUACGACCUCGUCACCGAAAACCAUCAAACAUACUACUAAGGUCACCAAAGCCACGCCACCAAGGGCAACCAAAUUGUUGCCAUUUGUUAUCAAGACUACUACAACCGUAACACGACUACCAUUUAUAUUCGCUACAAGUCCAUCAACGAGAACUCUCCUCACAACCACAAAAACAAUAUCGAACAUGGGGGCGAAUAAAAUUUUUCCAUUUAUUUACAAGGACAGCAAAGAAGAAAAACGCGUAUCCUCGACAUCAACUCGACUAACAUCGCCUACGACUAAAGCCAUGCCAUUUAUUUUCAUACCUUCCACGACAUCCUCUCCGAAAACUACUACGUCUAAACGGAAGCCUUCGCCAACCAACCAAUCGUUAACGCCAUUGACGAAAACUCCAAGAACAAAUGUGACUAAAGCCAGUUCGACUAAAACUACUUCUGUUACUAAAACUACUCCUGUACCCAGAACAACUCAAUCGCUAUUCGACCUUUACUUAAAUCCUACAACGCGCCCUAAAUUAGCGCCUUAUAGAGUACCACAAGAGAACAAUUCAUACAAACUCAAAAUAUUUUCCGAUGGUACGACGACACUCGUCCCAACAUAUCAGUUUAGAGACAAGAAAAUUCCGUAAGACGGUACAUAAGUAAUUGUCACCUUGGUAUAUAACAUAAGCCUUAGACAACACUUUUUGAAAGUGGGUAUAUAUUUUAACUUUUUAUGUAUAAGAAAAUCAACCAUUUGUACACCCAUAUGUAUUUACAAUCAAACGUUGUAAAACUUAAUAUUUAGAAAAAUUCUAGGGAACGUUUUCUUCCAUAAUUGGCUUAAAUCCAUAGGAUACGAGUUCCUUAUAAAAAUAUUUAACUUUUUAUGUAUAAGAAGAUCAACCAUUUGUACAUCCAUAUGAAUUUAUAAUCAAAUGUCGUAUAACUUAAUAUUUAUAAAAGUUCUAGGGACCAUUCGCUUGCAUAAAUCCGUUGGAUACGAGUUCCUUAUAGAAAUAUAUCAUAAACUUUCAUAAACAGCUGAGAAAAAAGUAAUUUGGAUUAUUAUUCGCUAAAGGUAUUUUAAUAUUGCUUGUAACUUUAUAUAGUGUAAUUUGAAUAAAGAAAUUGUGAUUUUUUUUCUUAAGUUACAAAAAGACAAAU